AUAAAAGAGCCUGUGUUCGAGUUGUAUUUCCCAGAGGUAUUGCCACCCCCACAAUCUCGAUUUCCACUGGUGAAUUCAUGGCACUACACUCGCCGACAUCCACAUGGUAUUCCUGGAAUUCGAAACCGCUUGCAUGUGCAUGAAGAUGUUUCCUUCGACGUCUACUUGGACUGUUAUCGUGACCGGCGAGAACUGGCUUCCGAGGUCGUCAAAUUCCGCCUAGCCAAAGCCGGGAAUCCUUUAAAACCACUGCUUCCCUUAUCGGCGAAUGAGGAGAAAGAACCCUUUUAUCCCAAUGCAGUACCUUUGCCUGAGGGUCAACCUUCCUGGUGGCGACUUCAGGAGACAAAGAGGCGCUUAAGGCAGGGCAGAUGGGCCGGGCUCAAAGGGCACGAUGGAUAG